AUGGCACCACACACCGUCCGAUGGGGUAUCCUGGCUACCGGCUGGAUCGCAAGCACAUUCGUCCGCGACCUCCUCCUCGACCCAACCGCCCGCGACGCCUCCGACGUAUCCCACCAAAUCGUCGCAGUAGCCUCCUCCUCCUCUACAACCAAAGCAGAGCAAUUCAUCUCAACCCUUAAAAUCCCCUCCCCAUGCAAGGCAUAUGCCUCCUACGAGGCCCUAGUCUCAGACCCAAACAUCGACGUAAUCUACGUCGCAACCCCGCACUCCCACCACUAUCAAAACGUAAUGCUAGCCCUAACGGCCGGCAAAAACGUCCUCUGCGAAAAAGCAUUCACCGUCAACGCAGCCCAAACAAAGAUCCUCAUCGAAACCGCCCGCAAGAAGAACCUCUUCCUUAUGGAGGCCGUCUGGACCCGCUACUUCCCGCUCAGCGUGCAGAUUCGGGACCUGAUCAAAGCUGGCGAGAUCGGCGAGGUGCUGCGUACCGUAGCCGACACAAGUUUCAGCGACGACGUCGAGGUGCGAUGGGGCACGGAACAUCGCAUGGUCAAUCGUGAUUUGGCCGGUGGUGCGCUUUUGGACCUGGGCAUAUACUCCCUAACCUGGGUCUUCCAAACCCUCUACCACACUCUCCCCAAGGAUCAGCGAAAGCCACCAACAGUCACCUCGCAGAUAACACCCUACCACCUAACAGGCGCAGACGAAGCAACAACAAUUCUACUAAAUUUCCCAACCAGCACGCCCUCCAAUGGCGCCCACCCGCGCCAAUCGCACGGCGUCGCAAUGACGAACCUCCGCGUCGCGGGCGACCCAGAUGAGGAGGGGACCUCUGGCGCGAAUAUUCGUAUCCAGGGUACGUUGGGCGAGAUCCAGGUCUUUGGGAACCCGUUCCGACCCGUUCGAUACCGGGUUAUUCCCAAAAAGGGCGCUGGGAAGGGUCAGGUCCGCGAUGUGGAGUGUGAGUUUCCGGCCGGUGGGCAUGGGAUGUAUUGGGAGGCUGAUGAAGUUGCUCGUUGUUUGAGGGAUGGGAAGGUUGAGAGUGAGGGGAUGCCUUGGGAGGAGAGUAUUGCUAUUAUGGAGGUUAUGGAUGAGGUGAGGAGGCAGGGUGGGUUGAGUUAUCCUGAGAAGAUUGAGUCGGUUGAGUAUCCGCUGCAGUUGUGA